CACGAUCCGUGCCCAACUGUCUCGUUCGCUGCAUACAACAAUACCCUCGAGCACUUGAGCCAUGAGCUCUGCGGUGCGUUCAACAAGUGUAUCCCCUUCGCCGGACGGAGAGGACAUCAGCAAGGCAGGCGUUUGGACUGAAGAGACCUUGUCCGCCGGAAGUAGCAGUGGCAGCGGCAGCGUGAGAAGAAGCAAGGGAAAGGAAAGUGACCAAGAGACGCUGCAAGAAGAGACCACAGUGUUGAAAGAGGAUGGCGACGGAUAUGGUGCAGUGGAGGGAUAUCCCCCGACCAAGGAAGAGGAGGCGGAAUCGCGGAGAAUCGAAGAGAAUUUGAGCAGAUGGGAGAUGGCAGAACGAGAGCGGCGGAAGGCUGCACGCGAGUCCUCCUCGUUGACCAGCGGGUCCACGCUCGUCGGGGAGAUCUCACGAAGGGCAUCUCUUCUGUGGCCCAGUGGACGAGCCAAGCAUGCCUCUUCGGGAGGUGUCGGCAUGCAUCGCGCACUAAGGACGACCGAAGACGGUGUUCCCCUGGACGAGAUAGAAGGCAGUCCCUCACCCCGAUUCGGCGAGAACCCCUUCUCCACCCCAAAUAUCUCGGCGGACUCUCUUCAUGAUCCCUAUCAGUCUGUUAUCAUGAGAGAGUCCACAUCCGAAAACCCUUUUGAAGAUGCAGAGCAAGCUUCAACAGCACGCCCCACUGAUGAUGCGCCCGCAUCCUUUCCGAAACAACCUCCACCGCCUCCCCAACCUUUGUCCCUCCCGAAACCGCGCUCGCCUCCACCGCGGGCGGAGACGCCGCAUGCUGAUCGGCCGCCAGAGCCUAUUCCUCCGCCACAGGUUGCACCAUCCCCGGAGCAGGAAGAGGAGCCACAGGAGGUACGAUGGUGGACCGAGUGGCUGUGCGGUUGCACCGAAGGUCCAGAUCGCGGUGGCGACCACCAGGCUGGACGCACAAACCCCUUUGAGUAGUCUGCGGCUCUCCGUCGUUAUCAUUAAUAUCCCUCAGCCCUGGCUAGGCCCUAUGUAGCAUUGUUUUCGCGCAUAUCUGGCAAUUCGUGUGCCAACUCCGUGUUGUGCGAUAGUUUUAUUUAUGUUUCGCCUUAUCACGGACACCACGACGAUACCAUGCACUUUCGGCGCCAUAAUAUGUUCUGAUACCACAACAAUAUUCCCUGAGGCGUUUCCGGAUGACUUGUUAGCUUGUUUUACACGUGGAUAUCCUAGAAUUCAAUUGCGUCCACUGUACAUCUUAUAUCAAUGGCUCCUUCAAUGUGCAGUGGCCGCACUGCAUAGUCUGCG